UUCGCUUCUCCACAUUUCUUUCUCUCUGCUCCACAAAGAUUUAAACAAACCCGAAUAUCAAGUCUAACCACGAUACUUAUUGCCAUACUACACUGGAUCUGGCCACCGGAUCGCUGCACCAACUGCCACUCCAUCUAUAGUUCGCCACACUUGGAGGAGAACGGCGCGCGUGAUCUCCACUCUGUUAGUCAAAUUCAGCGCUCAGUCGACGGGCGCUUCGUCAUCGCUGGCACAAAGAGUGGCAGCAAUGGCAAACUCAAUGCGCUUACCAAUGGCAAUGAACUGGAUGGCAUAGAUGAAGUGGAUGCCACUCCGACCAGCCGCAAUAGCCACGCAUCCCAAAACUCUUCCAGCGAUGACGGUGGUUUUCUAUCGCGUCGCAACUUCAUUACAGCGCGCGCCUCCUGGCGUCGCCCUCUCGUCGCAGCACCCUCGCAGUUGAGCUUGCAAUCGGCUGUCGGAUCAGCACGUGGCUUCCUGCAGGGUCUAGGCGGAUUACUGCGCGUUGGAAGCAAUAGCGCCGUUAGCGGGAGCAAUAAUGGACUGGCAGGUUUUACAGCAGCUAACAUGGCAUCGCCUUCAGGGGAAGAUGUGGCCGGCAAUACAGGCGCACGCUACCAGAACAUCUAUCGUGGACACUAUGGACACAAUAUUUACCGAAACCUGCAGCCAGCACAACCUGCCAGCCGUCCAUUGCAUAUCAACACUUUGAGCGGUGGUGGUACGCUAUUCGGCGGUCAUCAGUAUCACCAGCAGCACGUGCAUGGACUGAACCUAACACCCAAUAUUUAUACACCCUCGCGCAUCUCACGCAUUUUCUCCAGCUCUCCGGCCAGCACGCCAAACGACACGCUGGGCGGCGGCACACAUCAUCACAUCGGCGGCGGUCUCAACGCAGGGGCGCCGCUUGGCAGUGGUGGCUUCCUCAGCUCGCCGUGGUCAAUGGCUACACCCGGUAGCGGUCACAUGCACACACAUUUUAGUGAUUUGAGUAGCGUAUACCCAGGCUCAGCCGAACGCUCGUUGCCCACACUGUCAGCCACCAGUGGCAAUCUCAGCCGAUACCGUUACUAUGCACAAGAGCUACCAUCGCUGCGCACCAUACAAGAGGAGACACGGCGCUACAACCAGCAGCAGCAUCAAGAGGAACAGCAGCAACAGCAACAACAGGAUUUGCUAACGUCAGAUGGGUUUGUGCCACUGCAAAUACCCUCACCGCCCGCAUGGCGCAACUACUAUAGCACCCAACUGCCAUAUCAUAGCUACCGUCCGCGCACGCGCUGGUAUCCCCGCCACUACGCGCGACUCUUUGGUCGCACACACCCCGAACAAAUGUCACCGCUGCCGCAUUUAAACCUCACGCUGCGCUCGGCGUCAGUUGGCGCCAUGGGGCUCGAAGCAUCGCCAGAGUCACGCUCCAGCUCGAGUGGCUUCGGCUCGAAAAAUACCUCCAACCACCCGCAAGGAUCUCAUCACUCUGGUAGCACCAGUGAAUGGCGAUUACUGCCACCAUAUCGACCACCUCCACCGCCACCGCUCAGCAGUAGCGCCUACUUCGGUCUAGCGCAACCGAGUUUGCAUCAGCAGGCGCAGGGACAAGGACAAGCGCCAGCCAGCCACCACCACCAACAACUACACCAUCCAUCACUAUUCGGCUCAAGCUCAUUACCCUACUAUCCUCACUACGGCAGCGUGACUGCAGGCAGUCUGCAGCAACAACACCAUCACCACUACCAGCAGCAGCAGCAGCAGCAAAGACCCACAACGCCACCCUACACAAUGGAACACUGGCUGGGUAUGAUCUCAGACCUAAACGCAGCCACCGACAAUGUUCAUCUACCGAAAUCGGUUGAUGUGGGCAGUGUGGAUGGCCACUACGAGUUUGACCCGGCGACGCCAACGCCCAGUGUAUCCACACCUACAGGCGGUCUGCUGCGCGAAGAUCUCAAUCUGCACGUAGAUACAACCGGCCAUCAUACGCUUGGCCCUCUAAGCAGUGCGGGCAUUUUCCAACACGCUACCAGUAGCGCGCUUACAUCAGGCGCAGCGACGUAUGGCGGUCCAAUGCGAAAAACACGUUUCUCACGCUACGAUAAUGUAGAAGCGCGACUGCAGGCGAUGCGUGAAGAAUUCUACGAGUAUCGCAAGCGACAGGCCAUGCAACAGGCGGGUGUGGCGGAGUUGGAGAGUGUUUGCUGAUAAGGGGAUUGCAAGAUUUGUGAGUAAGUAUCUAAAGCGUGUGUGUAUAAUUGCGUAGGCAAUUCGGUAGCUACGUAUGCAUGUGUGUAUGCCUGUAGUUAUAGCAUUAAGUAGAGUGUUAGGCUAAGUUUAGGGAAGCUUAAUAUCAAAUGUGUUUUUUUUUUUUUUGGAAAAACUGUACGAUUAGAAUUGGGAAUAUUGCUUUCAUUAAAAAAAGAGCCGCAAAAAGUAGCAUUCAUAAGAGAGUACGAUGUAAAAUGCAAGCGAAUAUUUCUUACUGCCCAUAUUUAAAAAUUAUA